CGGGCAAAGCAGACGCAGUUGGCGGGGGGGGUGACGUCUGGACAGACGGUGACGAAGUUGAGUGCGACGCCGAGGAGGCCGACAUCGGUGACGUGUUCUCGUUGCGUGCGCUGAACAUGGGUGGCAGGGGCGGCAGAGGCAGGGCUUCGACGAAUGCUGGGCGGAGGCGGAAGAGGCCGUCGGCGACCUCUGCUGAUGCAGAAGGUGAGGGGGAUGGGGAGGGUGGCCGGAAUUUCAGGUCUGUGGAUCACAUGGUGGCCCUCAUAAGGGCGAAGCGGGAUCAGGACGCCCAACUGCAAGCGGCGGGGCACGCACUCGCACGGAUGCGGUCGAGGGAGUGGAAAUGGUUGGACGUCCGGGAAAGAUUGCUAAAGGUCGGUGUUGACAGGCCGGCAGACAAAUGCGGGAAGAAAUGGGAUAAUCUCAUGCAACAGUUCAAAAAGAUCCACACUUUCAUGGGCAUGUCGGGGAAGGAGGACUUCUUCCAGUUGACGAGUCAGCAAAGGGCAGAGNAUAAUCUCAUGCAACAGUUCAAAAAGAUCCACACUUUCAUGGGCAUGUCGGGGAAGGAGGACUUCUUCCAGUUGACGAGUCAGCAAAGGGCAGAGAAAGGAUUCAGCUUCAACAUGGAUCGGGCCGUCUACGAGGAGAUCAAAGGGGUAAAGGAGAGGAGCCACACUAUCAGCCCGAGCAAUGUUGCAGACACCGGUGGCGCAGGAGCGGUGGGAGCUGUCGUUGGAACAUCGACGAAAGGCACAGGGGAGGGCGGUGGCGACGGUCGUGAUACUGCUGAUGACGACGAUCCCCUCAUUAACAGGCAGAGGCGAUCCGGAAACAUGGCGGCUCUGGAGGCGAAAGCGAAAUUGUGGGUGGACGAUCUGUGUUUCUGGAACGAGACGGAGGGGCAUGCGAUGUUCAAGCUUAUCCAGGAGACGCGCCUGCACCUCAUCGCCAUCGCGAAGGGUGUGAAACCGCCGGAGAUCAGAAAAAGCGUUGUCCUCCCGAACACCACGAUCCCUCAGCAGAAACUGGAAGACUCGUCGGAGUUGGGGGCCGCGAAGGAGAGGGCUUCGAGGGUGCAGACCAUAGCGUUGUGCAUCAUCCAUGGGUGGAUCUUCAAGUCCCCCAAUCGCGCGCGCGGGUACCACUGCUCGUACGGCUAUGUGCUGAACCACGUCGCCACAGACCUCGCCCGCUCCAUCUGGUUUGGAGAGGAAUGGCGGGUAUGUUUGAGUUCGGCGGUCGUCCAUAACACCUUGGAGCUUCAUAUGAAGCUCCCCAUCUGGUACGUAGGUGGCGUCAUACACGACAGGCACGAGGACGACGAAAUGGCGUCGUAUCAGAAGUCCACAACGCAGCGUCUGGUGGGAGCUUUCACGAAUGUUGUUGACACGGGGGAGGGGGUAGACGGCGGGCGGAUAUCAUACGAGAGGCUGAGGAACGUAGCAGACUGCAUGCGGCUUUUGCUGUCUGCCGCCAUGUGGAUCAUGCGGAUGACAGGAGAUAAUCUUCGUUUGCAUUAUGAGGCGUCCCAUCUCGUGGAGCUCAUUGCGAAACCGACGCUCAUUGCGUCGCUGCAUCGCUCGUUCGACGCGCGCGGCCAUGUUCUGCAGUGUGUCAAUGCAGUAACGGAGAAAAUGGGGAAGCCCCCCAUGACGUUGGUCGACCCUCCGGUGUACAUCCCCGACUUGGCGCUGUGGACGACUACGGAGAAAAUGGGGAAGCCACCCGCCGUUGCUGCUGAUGACGACGAUGAUGUCGACAAUGAGGACGUUGAUGAUGAUGAUGAUAACGGUGACGAUGAUGAUGACGAUGGCGACAACGAUGAUGAUGACGAUGGCAACAACGAUGAUGAUGAAUUCGACGUUCAUGAUGAUGCUGACGAUCGUGAUGUUGACGAUCGUGAUGAUGAUGGUGACGAUGAUGAUGGUGAUGAUGAUGAUGGUGAUGAUGAUGAUGGUGAUGAUGACGAUGAUGAUGAUGAUGAAGAUGAUGAUGACGAUGUUCAAGAUUAAAGAGGAUGAUGAUGAUGACGAUGAUGAUGACUAAGGUGCUGAUGGUGAUGACGACGACGGUGGCGACGACGACGAUGUUGUCGACGAUGUUGGGGACAGGAGUUGGCACGGCGUGUGAAUAGCGGUUGCGUGAGUUUCGUAGACUGUCUUAUACUUCCUUUGCGUUGAGUCAUUUCCUGUUGUUAAAGUGGUUGCCGAGUACGGGUAGAGCUCGGUUUCAUCUAGCUGACAGCAAAGUGUAGUCGACAUGCACGUCUUUUCAUUCAAGGGGCCACUCAUCGUCGAAUGUGCGGUGUCAUUAACGUCCAUCAUGUCUAUGCGCAUCAUUGAUGCUAAUUUGAUAUCGUGUGCUAUGGCUAACGUUCAUUUUAUAUCGCAGACGUGUUUUCUUAUGUUUGUUCUUUCCGAUUACAAAGCUUCCAUGUAAAGUUGUGGGUGAUAAGGUGAAUGAAUUCUGCGUGAGAGA